ACUAAGCUUCACCCUAUAGUAAAUGAAGAAAGAAUAAAAUAAAAAGGAAGGUUGCCAAUUAACUAUAAUUUGAUAAGUUGAGUGACCCUGGUGCUGCAUUAUUGAGUGUAGUAUCUGAUAUCAGGCAAUCUUGUAUCUUGUGUACAAUGGCGAAGAAGCUGGUGAAGUACUGUGUGGUGGAUGCCUUUACUGACACAGCAUUCAAAGGAAACCCGGCAGCUGUUUGCUUACUAGAGGAAGACAAAGAUGAUAAGUGGUUACAAUCUGUUGUAGCGGAGUUCAAUGUCCCUGUAACUUGUUUUCUCACUCCGAUAACCGAAUCUCAGUUUAGCCUUCGUUGGUUCAGUCCAGUUGUUGAGGUAGAUCUAUGUGGGCAUGCAUCGCUAGCAGCUGGACACUUCCUAUUUGCCUAUGACCUGGUUAAAACUAAUACUGUUGAGUUUUCAACAAGAUCAGGAAUUUUAACUGCCAAAAGAGUAUCAGAAGCCAAAGCUUCAAAUUAUCAGGACGAUUGGCCAACAGGUUACUCAAUUGAAUUAGAUUUUCCCGUUUUCCAAGUAGCGGAGUCUAAUUUUACUGAUGUUCCUGCAAUUUCGAAAAGCUUGAAUGGUGCAUCUGUGGUUGAGAUCAAUGAGACAUCGAUGGGUGAUCAUUUUAUUUUGCUCCCAUCUGGGGAGGCAGUGGUCGAAUGCCAACCUCAGUUUGAUCAAAUACAAAAUUGCCCUGGCAGAGGAAUGAUCAUAACUGGACCUGCUCCACGGGGUUCUGGUUUUGAUUUCUAUAGCCGUUUCUUCUACCCAAAGUUGGGAGUCAAUGAGGAUUCUGUUUGUGGAAGUGCUCAUUGUGCCUUGGCUCCUUAUUGGCGUAAAAAGCUUGGCAAAUGUGACUUUGUCGCUUUAGCGGCCUCACCUAGAGGUGGCGUCGUGAACUUGCAUCUCGACGAGGAGAAGCUGAGGGUGUUUCUGAGAGGGAAAGUUGUUGCUGUCAUGGAAGGUUCUAUUCUAGUUUAAUGUAUCACUUUACAUCGAUGAUUUUAUUCAUCCGACACUAUCAGAAAUUUUAAUAAGGUGGUGGAAGUACGUGUUUCUUGAACGAAAACACCAGCAACCGUUUAAUAUCUCUAAAUUGUUUUUUGGUAUGUACUUCACUGUGACUUUUGGAGCAUUUUUUAAGUCUCCAGUAUGUUUAAACAUCUAUUCUGUGCUUUGCCUUCAUUAAUAGCAUCUUCACUUUUUCAACCA